AAAAUCAGAAGAAAGCCAGCUUUGGGCACGCGUUGGUGUGAGAUGAGAUCACCCGUACCGGACGGAUUAGAUUAGAAAAUCUGGUCCAUUUAAUAACGUCACGCUUAUAUUAACACCGCCAGUCUUUGAUCUCGCUGGAUCAUGAAACACUGACCACAUGUUGACAAGAUCGGACGGACCAGAGGCAGCUUUUGAGGGACUCUUGAUCUGGCUAAGUGGACUGAGUGAUCGUUUAAAGGGAAUCUCAUAUUUGACUUAUUUAAUACAGUGACUUCACCAGGUCAAAGCGUUUCUGCCUUCACCAACGUCUCCAGCAUCUACAGUGAAGGAUGAAUCACCUGUCUUUGAGUGAGCUAUGUUGCCUUUUCUGCUGUCCGCCAUGUCCGAGCAGAAUAGCUUCCAAGCUGGCCUUCCUUCCACCGGAGCCCACUUACACCCUGAUGUGCGACGAGAGCGGCAGCCACUGGACCCUCCACCUUUCCGAGCGUGCGGAUUGGCAGUACUCUACCCGGGAGAAGGACGCCAUUGAGUGCUUCAUGACCCGGACAUCUAGAGGGAACCGAAUCGCUUGCAUGUUUGUGCGAUGUUCUCCAAACGCCCGCUACACCUUGUUGUUUUCCCACGGUAACGCUGUAGACUUGGGUCAGAUGAGUAGCUUCUACAUCGGCCUAGGCUCCCGCAUCAACUGUAACGUGUUCUCCUAUGACUACUCGGGCUACGGGGCAAGCUCAGGGAAGCCUUCGGAGAAGAAUUUGUAUGCUGAUGUGGAUGCUGCAUGGCACGCACUACGAACAAGGUACGGAAUCAGGCCAGAGAACGUGAUCGUUUAUGGCCAGAGCAUCGGUACAGUCCCUUCGGUGGAUCUGGCCUCUCGAUACGAGAGCGCUGCAGUCAUCCUGCACUCCCCUCUGACCUCAGGUAUGCGGGUGGCUUUUCCUGACACCAAGAAGACGUACUGCUUCGACGCAUUCCCCAACAUUGAUAAAAUCUCUAAAGUCACUUCUCCGGUGCUGGUGAUCCAUGGUACGGAGGAUGAGGUUAUUGAUUUUUCCCAUGGACUGGCCCUGUACGAGCGCUGCCAGCGCCCCGUGGAGCCGCUGUGGGUGGAGGGUGCAGGACACAAUGAUGUAGAGCUGUAUGGACAGUACCUGGAGCGCUUGAAACAGUUUGUGGCUCACGAACUUGUAAACUUAUAGAUGGACCUCAAGAUCAGGACUCGCAUUACUUGAUGAACAUGCCCCUGGUGCCCAGCAGGCGACUGUGAACUUGACAACGGUUUUCUCACCUGUGUUUUUUGGUUAUUUUUCUAAUUAAGUUGCACUUCUCCACAGAUAAUAGGGGAUGUGCCUUUACUGCCUUUCUUAGGGGUGCGUUUGUGUAACUGUACUUCUACCGGUGCGAGCGGAGUCGUCGGAUGUUUCGGUGAUCCGGCUCUGUGUCUUGAUACUAUGUACUAAAGAAUCAAGCCCAUUCCAUAAAUCCAGUUUUUGUUUUGCUGUAUGCAUGUAAUCAUGUACACAAUGGAGUACUGUACAAAUGCAACAUUCUGACACAAAUAAUUAAUUGCCAUAGAGGUGAUGCCAAAUAAUAUAUUAAACUGAUACAUUACUUUGUAUGUACUUGUUUAUAAAACAUACCUGCAAUGUGUAUAAUCUAUAUGAAAUUUCAAUGUUUUUAUUUUUUCUCCUCCAUGUACACACACUUGUCUGUGUUUUGCUCUUAAGUGUAUUCUCUGUCCUAGAUCUGUAAACCAAUGCUGGAUAAUAUGACAGCUUACAAUAGCCCAUAGCAAACACACACCUGCUCAAACAGCAUUAGUGAUAUUAGUAACAAUCCAAUUGUUAUCUACUUUUGCACUUUUUUUAAAAAAUGGAAAUAAUCCAUCAGACCUCUUGGUUACACACACACUGAACUUAACUCUUGAUUCUGUUUGCAGUCAUUGCUUUGACUUGUAUUCAAAUGUAAUUUAUACCAUCUUGUGUCUCAGAUGAAGUGCACACAACUUUUGUUGUGGAAGUUUUGCGCCAUGACACGGCUGUUACUUUGGACACUGCUGCUGAAUUUAGGCAGUGACAUUUAGUUUCUCUUUAGAGAAGCACUGGACACGGUGAUAAGAGUUUGGAAGGAUGUGAUGUAAUGUCUGUACAUGGAAACUGAACAAUGCUCUAAAGUAGAUCUUAGUACUUCUCAAAUGUAAAAGAGAACGGUCACCCUGUUCCACUUUGUAAAUAACCUUCGUUUGGAUGGUGUUUUUUUUUUUUUUUAAUUUCCUGAAUGACUGUACUAUGAAACUGAUGAUAAUGUUAUUACCAAUGUACAUUGAUUUAUUAUAAUAUUAUGUACGGCACAGAAUAGAUUUUAACUGGUCAGACUGAAGCACAAACUGACGUGCUUCAAUUUUUCCAGACGUGGUGUUUUUCUGUUUUUUUUAAACACCCAUUGUAAAAGAAAAUUGAUAUACUGUAUGUAAUUAUGAUCUUGAAUAGUUAUAAUACAAAAUUGGAAGUAAACAUGUAUUUCAAAGACUAAGAUCUAAAAGAAAUAAAAUCCAGUUGUGGUA